AUGGCGGAUAACCAGAAGGCGCUGCGGCUGCAAUGGACAGACACCGCCAACGUCAAGUAUCUGAACAUCCUGAGGCCCACGCACGAUCCCUACAUCCGGCCCGAGGAGCAGGUGCUCAUCAACCGCUGGGACAUCAUGAACAAAAACGACGCCUGGGACAUGCAGGAGUUCAUCACGCGCAUGUACAUCAAGCAGCUGCUGCGACACCCGGCCUUCCAGCUGGGGCUGGCCCUGCUGCUGGUGGUCAACGGCAUCACCAUUGCUCUGCGCACCAACUCCACCCUUGACCAGAAACACUAUGAGUUGUUCUCUACCAUAGAUGACGUUGUGCUGACCAUCCUUUUCUGUGAGGUUCUCCUCGGCUGGUUCAAUGGCUUCUGGAUAUUUUGGAAGGAUGGCUGGAACAUUCUCAACUUCCUUAUCGUCUUUAUCUUGCUCUUGGGGUUCUUCAUUGAAGAACUCAAUGCCAACGCUAUCACCUACACCCUCAGGGCACUCCGUCUGCUGCACGUGUGCAUGGCGGUGGAGCCCCUGGCCCGGAUCAUCCGUGUCAUCCUGCAGUCGGUGCCCGACUUGGCCAAUAUCAUGGCCCUCAUCCUCUUCUUCAUGCUGGUGUUCUCGGUGUUUGGCGUCACGCUCUUUGGUUCGUUCGUGCCUAAGCAUUUCCAGAACAUGCAGGUUGCCCUGUAUACCCUCUUCAUCUGCAUCACCCAGGAUGGCUGGCUGGACAUCUACAGUGACUUCCAGAUGGAGAAGAGGGAGUAUGCAAUGGAGGUUGGGGGCGCCAUCUAUUUUGCCAUCUUCAUCACCAUGGGUGCCUUCAUUGGCAUCAACCUGUUCGUCGUCGUGGUGACCACCAAUCUGGAGCAAAUGAUGAAGGCAGGAGAGCAGGGACAGCAGCGUCAAAUAACCUUUAGUGAGCCCGGCGCGGAGGAGGAAGACGAGAGCACAGAGCUGCAGCUGGUGCACUGCGCAGUUGCCCGCCAGGAGACAUCGGGUCUCCCCCAGGAGCCGCUGGUGGGGGGCCCGCUGUUCAACCUCUCAGAAAACACCUGUGACAAUUUCUGCUUGGUGCUCGAGGCGAUCCAGGAGAACCUGAUGCAGUACAAGGAGAUCCGAGACGAGCUCAACACGAUCGUGGAGGAGGUGCGUUCCAUUCGCUUCAACCAGGAGCAGGAGGAGGAGCUGAUGCAUAGACACCUGUCCCUGAGCCUGUCGUUUGAGACUGGGUCCUCCAUGGACAUCCGCGAGGUGGCUCAUCAGCAAGACUUGGUCACUGCGCUGGUGAACCGCGAACGGGUCCAUGAGUCAACCACAAAUGUGCUCCUGAACAAACAAAAGAGCAGCCGCUGA